GAGAGUUUGUCUGUCCAAUUAAAGAAAAUUUCUUUUACUGUGCACGUAUAUGAAACGCUAGCAGAAUUCCUUCGCUCUAUAGUUUUUCGCAUUAACAUAAUGUACGUAUAUAUACUGCGUAUAAGAUAAAAGUUAUAUAGAACAAAGGUUUUAUGUGAAAAAAAAGGCAAAACGAAAUAUAAUUGAAUAUGCUGUUUUAAAUUAUUUACUAGUGUGCUGCUUUGUGGUUUCAUUUUGAGCGAGUUUUAUUUUUGUUGUUUAUUCUCUCCAGCAAAGAAUAAUUUGGUGUAGAAUUCUUCCGUGAAAUAACAACGAAAGAAAAUAAUUUUUUUUUGUUUGUUGAGUGGAAAGUGGUAACUCGAAAGAAAAAAAAACAAACGUUGCCGACAUAAAACGAACAAAUCGCUCCCAAAAAAUGAAUAAAAAUUUGGGAAAUAUUUGCCGUGUUUGCUUGAGCAGUGCAUCACGGAAUAUUUUUGAGAAAUCAACAGCAUCUCAAAAUGACUUCUCGAUCCCUGCAAUUGGUGAAAAUGUCUCAUCUUUAGAUCGUUUGGUUGAAAAACUACGAUAUGUUACAAUGUUAAAAGUUGACGAAUGUGAAAAUUUACCGAAGAAUAUGUGCGAUUCGUGCAUAAUUCAAUUGAAUGUUGCUUAUAAUUUAAAGAAAAAUGCAAUACAAUCGGAUUUAAAAUUGCGACAGUAUAUGAUUGAAUUUGGUAUAAAUGUAACAUCAUAUACAACAUGCAGCAUAAAUACCGUAUCGGUUAUACGUCCACCAGCUAUGAUUUUGCCAGCAAAUACAACAUCCGAAUCGGUGACAAUUACCACAGCAAAAUCAACAAUUGUUGAACCACCAUCGGCACAACCGCCACCGCAAUUACAACCGCAACUGCAUCGACCAUUUCCGGUGAUGCCAAUCAUAAUUAAAGAAGAGCCAGAAGAUUAUGACGAAAUUAUGUCCGAUAUUACGGUUGGUACGAAUAACGAAGCAUUUAUUGAACAAGUGCGUAAUCGGCAAAAUGAACGCAACGGAAGUCGUAGCACGCCAGGUACGUCGACAAAUUCAUCGUGUAACAAAUCAAUUACACCGUUGCCACUUCAUUCAAUGGUCGCUUUAAAUAAUAAAUCAUUGUUGGGCUCAUCGUCGGAUAGCGAAUUUAUCAGUGCUUAUGUGAAAAAUGCAUCGUCUGUUGCAAAAAAAUUGAAAAAAACUAGACAAUCGAAAUCUCCGAACAAACAAAAAAGCGUCGAAACCGUUGCAACAACAACACCACCAGCACCAGCACCAGAACCAGUACCAGCGCCAAAAUCAAAAAACCAAUCAGCAGCCUCAAAUUCAAGCCAAAAUGGCGAAAAUAAAACACCAGCUAAGCGAGCAAGAAGAAAAGAAAUUGAUGCAUUGACCGAAGACAGUCACAUUCAGAAGAUCGACGUUGAUUCAAGUGCCAAACGAAAAACACGGCAACAACUUUCAAAUGCAAACAACAUUGAAAAUAGCAAGCACGCAUCACGGUCGAGAAGUGGCACGAAAAGUGAUUAUACAUCAUUUUUCAGUAUUAGACCGAAAUUGACCAAUCGACGCAAGAGCUUUGAUCAAUCGACCAAAAGUAACGGCCGAUCGUCAAACGCAAAAACACCAACUCGUUCCGCGAAAGCAGCAAAUCUUCGCAAAAGACGUGACUCAAGGACACAUAAUCGCACAAGCAUUUGAAAGCGUUGCAGUUGUUGUUGUUGAUUUUCCGAUAAAAAAAUAUCAACAUUCGGAAGCACAAAAAGUACAUAAUUUAAUUGAUAUUUAUGAAGAAAAACAAAACAAUUUAUAUUUGUAUAGACUAAAGCGGAUUAAGAGCGGGAAGACAGUUUGUGGCGUAUGCAAAUAAAUGAAAAAAAAAAAACAGGUACAUUUGUAGCUAGUAAUCACAGUAUUCAGCUAAAAAAAACACUCACGAUGGCGUGAGUUACAAGAAAACACGAGUAUCAAUUCAACACAAAGAAACAGACACAUAUAUGACUAAAUUCUGUAGAAGCCAAUUAAAACAAGGAAAAAAAACAAUGUACAAGCAAAUUGAACUUACCAGGCACCUAAAUUUUAAGGACGAAAUUAUUAGAAUCGAUGUUAUUUAUGAAAAGCGAAGAAACAAAAAUGGAAAAUACUCGAUCUGUUGAUAGCUGUAAUAAGAGUAUACAAAUGAAUGUAGGGAACAACAAAAAAGAAAUAAAGAAAUUUUAAUUAAAUAAUUAGGAAUAGCAAUUGUAAAUGAAACGUAAAGUUUUCCAUGGAUGGUUGAAUUGAAGAAAUCAGAACGGCCAAAUUUAACGAGCUAGCUUCCCUUAUCCUGUGCUACAUGCAAAUCACUAAAUUAUAUAUAUACACGUGUACGAAAAAUGUUUAGAUAUCAAAACGGAUAUACGAUAGUUAUUAUUUUUAAUUGAAAGAAUUAAAUGCAUUAGAUGCUGUAUGUUGACGCAAGAACUGGCCAGUCUAACAAAAUGAAAUUAUUUAAAUUUAUUCAAAAUGUUUAUCAGAAACAUUCACUCGCAUCCAACUGAUCAAACACUCAACACAAACACUAUCAACACUACUUAAUUAAAACACUCACCACGAAACAAAGAAAACAAUUAUACAUUAAUGAUGUACCUAAUGAAAGUUAAUAAAGUUGCAGAAUCUAAAUAGAUUUGCAAUAAAUU